UCCCGCUGCCCCCAGAAGUUUCGUAGUAAUCAGUUCUUGCAUCCGUACUUAGACAGCUUGAACUUCUUGACCUCUUGGCUGAAAAUUCCCCAACUUAUUUCUUCGAAUUUUUCUGUGUGGAUUUCUUGCCUCAACUUGAUCUUAGUAGUUUGUAGAGUUCUCUUAUGCCUAAGAAUCAUCGGCGCGGUUUUGGUUGCGGAGGCGUGAUCUUUCUUGUUGAUUAGGGUUGCCUGUAUUUCUAUGGUCAGGGGGUCGCCGAAUUUAGGAGGGAAUAGUAUGGCGUGAGUCGGUGAUUGGAUUAGUCUGUAUCCUUCUUGCAUCAAAUGGUAGAGCAAGGCAAACCACGAGGCACUCCGGCGAAGGCGAAGAAAUCGCCUCUCGUGGAGGCUGACGAGAUUGGCCAGGCGAGCGAGGUGGUGCUUGCAAGAGAAUCACCACUGGCGCCCAAGAACGACCAAGGAUGUGGCGUCAGCCAUAGUGAUGGGGACGAUGAAACGCAGGAAUCAGAUGGGUGCGUGCAAAAUGGAUGGGUCGACUUUGGGCAUUCGCUGCAGCUGCUGCUGUUCUCGCGGCAGUGGGAUCUCGCUGAGAGUCUUGUUGCUCUAGCAGAUCAGCAGUCACUGCUGGAUUAUGGCCUGUCAGUUGCCCUUGACGCCAUAUGGUUCUUGCGGACGAAGCGGGACCUUGAGGGGAUCAAUGGUCUGAUAGCGAAGAUUGUGGCCUCGGGAGCAAAGGAUUUUGCAAGAGCAAUCCUCAGGACGUCACUGCUUGCAUCUUGUGUUGCAGCUUGCCAAAGCAAGGCUAUCUCUGUGGGUGAUAGCAAGGAGAUCGUCGCCGAUAGAUUGCAUGACCGUCUGCGGGAUUGUCCUGGUGCCGACCAUCUGAAAAUUGAGGCAGGUGUCAAAGUUCAGAAGUUUAUGGAAUGGGCUUUGCAGUGUAUUCAUAUGCAUCAUUGUUCUGAAGAGACACAAAGGUACAGAUGGAACAGCAACACUCUCCAAGAGGUACAGCUCCAUUUGUCAGCAUUUAGAGCCUUCUUGGACAUAGCUGGUGACAAUCUCAGUGGCAAGAUUUUCACCGAGGCAUUUGAUGCGGCCUGCUUCCCCCUUACACUCUUCUCAAGUUUAUUCGAACCUGGAUGGUCUUCUGGGAGUUCAGCAGUCUCGAUUAAGGGCCUUUUAUCAUUGCUGGUUGAAGGGGGUGCGGACAAUGUAAAUCAGUGUUUCCUGGAAGCAGCACGUUUUGGAAGUACUGAGCUUGUACGCAUUCUGCUGGAGAUUGGGUAUCAGAAUAGCUUGGCUGUGGACAUUGAUAUGGCUCUAGUUUAUGCUUCUCAUUACUGCAAGUUGGACACAAUGGCAUGCUUGGUUGACGAAGGGAACGCAUCCUCUUUCCUUGGUCCUAUGAUAAAAGCUGCUGAGCGUGGGUGCUUGCAGGUCGUCCACUGGUUUGUCAGUCGAGGUGUUUCUGAGAUUGAGACGUGCCUUGCCCUCACAACCGCUGCCUCCAGCGGCCAUUUCAUGGUGGCCUCCUACCUACUUGAACAGAUCCCCCAGCAGGUCCUCGAAGCUCUCAGCACACAGAUCCUGAAAGCUGCUCGUGGCCAGGGCAGCAGGUCACUUGACGGUGUCGCCUUCCUCCUGAGAUCCAACUUCCUAAAAGAUGCCGCCGCGACAUACGAGGCGGCAGACCUCAUCGCGAGGGGGGCCACCAAUGGCGAGCCCCCAGACCUGGUCGCCUUCCUGAAAGAGCACUGGUCCCAGGCUGCCUUCGCCGAAGGGGUGAGCGCCGGCGAGGCGCAUUUCGUGAAUGUCAUGAGGGUUCUCAGGAGAGGCGCAUCCCCCAUCUGCCUUGACAACCUCCCAUCACAGAUGGUACUCGGCAUCGCCUACCUGCCGCUGUACCAGGCGUGUGUGAGCGAGUCAGGUGGGCAGCUGCUGCCUCAGAGACUGAGGGGUGAGAUGGUGGAGGCGAUGAGCCGGCUCGGAGAGCCGAUUGGUGCUGAGAGCCAGGGGAAGGAUCUGGUAAUGGCUCUGGAACGCCACAUGCCGUCUUUCUUGGUUGGAUCUUGAGAGGUUUCCCAAGUGUAAAUAAGCUUUAUUAUAAGCAUUGCAUGGUCCCUAGGUGGUGUAAGAGUGUGCGGAGCAGUGUGUAGCUGCCAAACUCCCAGUCUUCCAGUGGACUGGAGGUAGCAAUAGUUUUGGUGCGUCACAGGCCUGAUGAUCGUGUACAGAAUUUUGUUGUCUUCUGUUUCAGAAAGAAGAGAAGCUGCCUCUUGAUUGCUGUUGUAAAACUCCGAUUCUGUUGUCGUUCUUGUUGCCAUCAUAACAUAAGCUCUCAGUGGACUCUUCAGUAAGGCUGCGAAAUUUGGUGGGUGGAACAGGUGAUCGUGCCAGGUGGUGGCUGUGAGGUGAUCCGCCGUGGGACACAUCAAAUGGCGGGGCAUUUCGUCUGACGUAUUAGCAAAUGUGGAGAGCCUGAAGUUUCUUGCAAAAGUUUACAGGGAAAUUUUCUACAACUCAACUUUGCAGCGCAGUUCUGUAAGAUGCAAUGCAACACGCAGAAGGGCAGCAACCGGCGAGGCAUUCCGUACACGGUUGAUGCCUUGAUGGCAAGUAUGAGAUGAUGUACAAAAGUAAGCCAGAGUUACUAUUUUGAGUAUUUUCUCCCAGAAAAAUGUGUUAUUAAAUUUACAAGGAGCUCUCAUAAUGCAAAAUCAAUAUUUUUUACACA